AUGUCUGGAAAAAAUCGAGUUGCCGCCAAUUUGAAUAUGCUAUUCACCCAUUUACCGCUGAUUCAGAGAUACUCUGCCGCAGCUUCCCACGGAUUCAAGAUCGUAGAAGUGAGUAUUCCAUACUCUGAAUCUGCCAAAAAUCUUCGUGACGCUGCGGACCAAAACAAUCUGAAGCACACUUUGAUAAAUGCACCGCCCGGAAACUGGGAACACGGAUUCCGCGGAUUGGCCGCAUUGAAAUCACAAAAAGAUGAAUUUCGAAACAGUUUGGAUACAGCUAUCGACUAUGCAAAGACGCUCGGAUGUACAAGAAUCCAUGUGAUGGCUGGAAUUCCAAAAACCGCUGAUGACGUGGCGAACGCUUCAGAAGUCUACUCUGAAAAUGUUCUUUUUGCUGCUGAAAAAUUCAAAGAGCAGACUUGA